CCACGUUUACACAACCGAGAAAGAAGAGAGUGAAAAUGGUUGGACCUGUGCGUCCACAGUUCGUCUUGUUCGGAUCUUCAAUUGUACAGUUUAGCUAUGCUAACGAAGGAUGGGGUUCCAUUCUCUCCGAUAUUUACUCUCGCAAGGCUGAUUUAUUUAUGCGUGGAUAUGCUGGAUGGAAUUCUAGGAGAGCUCUUCAAGUUAUUGACAAGAUUUUCCCCAAGGAAGCUUUAGUACAGCCUUCUCUGGUGAUUGUUUAUUUUGGUGGCAAUGAUUCGAUGAUCUCGCAUCCAUCUGGCAAUGGCCCUCAUGUUCCUCUCCAGGAAUAUGUCAGUAACAUGAGGAAGAUGAUCAAUUACCUCACGAGCCUUUCAGACAAAACAAGGCUCAUAUUUCUUAGCUCUCCACCAGUGAACGAGACGAGAAUUCGUGAAUUUACAGGCAAUCAAUUUGAUGACUUGGGUAGGACAAAUGAGAAUUGCAGAAUAUAUGCAGAAGCCUUAAUAAAGUUAUGCCAUGAUAUGAAUAUAAAAGCUAUUAAUCUUUGGACUGCACUUCAGAAAAGAGACGAUUGUUUGAAUGCAUGCUUUACGGAUGGAAUCCAUUUGUCAUAUGAGGGUAGCAAGAUAGUGGUGGAAGAAGUACUAACAAUUCUUAAAGAAGCUGAAUGGGAACCGAGCCUGCACUGGAAGUCUUUGCCAACUGAAUUUGCUGAGGAUUCACCUUAUGAUCUUGUUGGACCAGAUGGUAACACUAUAAACGUUUCAGAGACCAAUUUUCACUGGGAGAACGAGUGGGAUUAAAUGUCUUUUCUUAUUUCACUAAUCAAAACCGCUCUCAUAUAUCGUUGUCUCUUGUUUGUGUGUACCUUCUUUAAAGCUCUAAAAGAUUAUAUAUUAGUAUUGGAUCUUAAAUGUUGUCUUCACAUUUUCCACAUCCUUCUGUCCUUGUCAUUUUAUAAAAAUAAAAUUCAAAUUCUCAUCCA